UUUUCAAAGGUCGCUGGUAUGCAAGAAGCUAAGCAAGAAAUUAGCGAAUUCGUUCAGUAUCUUAAAUCUCCUCAAAAAUUUAAGGAACUAGGUGCCAGAAUUCCAAAGGGCGCAUUAUUAACCGGACCGCCGGGUACUGGUAAAACAUUAUUAGCUAAGGCAGUUGCAAACGAAUCUCAGGUCCCGUUUCUCUCUAUGGCUGGAUCUGAUUUCGUUGAAGUUUUUGCAGGUGUUGGAGCAGCAAGAGUUCGUGACCUAUUCAAACAAGCUCGUGGACGUUCACCGUGCAUUAUUUACGUAGAUGAAGUUGACGCCAUUGGCCGUGCUCGCCGCUCAAGGCAUGAUUCUAUACCUAUUUUUUAUACUGAAAAUACUCUCAACCAGCUUUUGGUAGAGAUGGAUGGAAUGCAGUCUUUAGAUGGAGUUAUAGUGUUAGCAUCAACUAAUAGGGUCGAUAUUUUAGAUGAGGCAUUACUUCGACCUGGACGAUUUGACCGGACAAUUACAAUUGACUUACCAACUAUGAGUGAACGUAUUGAUAUCUUCAAACUAUAUUUAUCUAAUUAUGUCCUGAAAAAAAAACCAGACCAUUACGCACAGCGGCUUGCAGAAUUAACACCAGGCAAGAGCGGCGCUGACAUUGCUAACAUUUGUAACGAAGCUGCGCUGCAUGCUGCCAGGAGUAGCGAAUCUUCUGUUGACAAGAAAAAUUUCGAUUACGCGAUCGAGAGGGUAAUAGUAGGUAUGGCAAAGAAAUCCGCUUCUAUAUCUCCGCAUGAAAGAAAAGUAAUUGCCUUUCAUGAAGCUGGCCAUGCAUUAACCAGUUGGCUAUUGGAACAUACGGAUCCACUUUUGAAAGUGUCUAUUGCUCCUCGUACAAAAUCAGCUUUAGGAUAUACACAGUCUUUGCCAUCUGAUAGGAAGUUGUAUUCAAGAGAACAGAUUUUCGAUAUUAUGUGUACGACCCUUGGUGGAAGAGCAGCUGAAAUGUUAAAAUUUAAAACGAUCACUACAGGUGCGGAGGAUGAUUUAAAGAAAGUGACAGACUUAGCUUACAAGCAGAUUGUAGAAUGUGGUAUGAAUGAUACAAUAGGACAUCUCUCCUUCCGUAUUAAAAAACCAGGAGAGUGGGGAAAAAAGCCUUAUAGCGACAAAUUAGCGCAUAUAAUCGAUACGGAAGUUAGUCAACUUAUUCGCAGAGCAUAUAUUAGAACGGAAGAAAUUCUCACCGAUAAUAUGGAUAAGUUGGAAAAGUUGGCGAAUAAAUUAUUGAAAGACGAAGUCCUGCAUCAAGAAGAUAUCGUUAAAGUAAUCGGGCCGCCGUCAUAUCCCUAUAAAAUUAGAGAUAGAAGCUUGAGUGAAGAUCAAUUUUCGUAA